GUGUAUGUCACCUUCAAAUCAAGCUAUCACUUCGAGUUUUUGUUUUUUACAAAGCAUAAUACAAUGAGUUUGCAAGACUCUUCACCGUCUGCCGGUCAGGCAGAAGGACACCAGCCUACCGUUAUUAUCUGUAUAGGUAUGGCUGGGUCAGGAAAGACAACAUUCAUGCAGCGCAUCAAUUCACACAUUCACACUCUCAAGAAACCUGGAUACGUCGUUAAUCUUGAUCCGGCGGUGGGACAGCUCCCAUUUGGAGCUAAUAUUGACAUUCGGGAUACAGUGAACUACAAAGAAGUUAUGAAGCAAUACAACCUUGGUCCAAACGGGGGAAUCUUGACUGCUCUGAAUCUAUUCACAACAAAAUUUGAUCAAGUACUCAACUUGAUCGAUAAACGAGCCCCAACAUUAGACUACGUUCUCCUCGAUACUCCAGGACAAAUUGAAAUCUUCACCUGGUCCGCCUCCGGUGCCAUCAUAACAGACACAUUAGCCGCAACGUACCCAACCGUGGUCGCCUACAUUAUCGACACCCCUCGCUCAACAAGUCCCGCAACCUUCAUGUCCAACAUGCUUUACGCCUGCUCCAUACUCUACAAAACAAAACUUCCUUUCGUCCUGGUCUUCAAUAAGACGGAUGUCGUGUCCCAUGAAUUUGCUGUCGAGUGGAUGACGGAUUUUGAGGCCUUCCAGGCUGCCCUGGAGGAAGAUACGUCAUAUAUGGGUGGAUUGGUUAGCUCCAUGUGCUUGGUCUUGGAAGAAUUUUACAAAGGAAUUCGGGUUGCGGGUGUAUCGGCUGUGACUGGUGCGGGGAUGGAUGAGCUGUUCACAGCCUUUGAUGAGGCGCGGAAGGAAUAUGAGACUGAGUAUAGACCGGAAAUUGAGAGAAUCCUCCGCGAGAAACAGGAACGUCAGCAAAAACAACGAGACGAAAAUCUUGAUAAGCUAAUGCAUGAUCUGUCACUGGAGAAAGGACGGGAAGUGAAUCUUGAUCCCAAAGUGGACGAGUCUCAUGCAGAAGAUGAGGACGAAGAGGGGAUUGCAGGGGAUGACGCAGACGCAACCCGGGAUCGAAUGGAAGACAUAUCAUUUAAACGGCUUGUAGGCAACCAUGCUGGGGGAUAGCGAUACAGGUAUAUAUGGAAUACCAAACGGUGGCUGUCAAACGGAAACUGAGGAGUAUCCAUAGCGACGAGUAGCGCCUGGACAAGCAUCAAAUAUUGUCUCUCUCGGACAUGUUACCCUGUCGCCUAUAGCAACGACGAGUGAUUGCAAAAAACUUUCUUCACGCUAUAGAAGGAUGACGGCCUAGUCAUCAUGUGGGGUACAUUAUUUGUUGUGUAAAUGUGCAUAGGAUUCUCUGCGUGUUCGGCCCUGAAAUAUUUACCUACAAAGAACAAAGGAUGUUGGGCCUCUGAACCCUACAAAUUCCAGG